CCCAAAUUGUAUUAGGUGAUGUCUAGGGCCUCUUAGCAUGAAAUAUCGCCGUAGGCCGGCAUAUCUGCAGUGGCAGCAGGCUAAAUAUGGGUCCAGGACCAACAUCUCUUUGGCGCUCGGGCGUGUGAAUUGUGAUGAAAAUUUUGCCAGGGUUUUGUGAAAUGUGAAGAUUUGGCAAGUCUUUGUAGAGGCAGAAGCAAGGGGUUGGGGUUACAAAGAUUGCCACCGACAGUGACAAUGUGAUCAAUUCGACUACCCCUACCACUAGCAUGUAUCUAUGGCCAGGACAGUAAGAUAGUACAAAAGAGCCAAAACAAACGAUAAAAAAAAAAAGAGAGAACCCUUGGGGCUUUGGGGAAACAGGCAUUUGGAUGAGUGGGGGACACACCAAACUCAUCAAUCAAACCCCUUUCAAAUUAUUGAGUUUGUGACGGAAAGGAAAGAAAAGGAAGCCCCAAAUCAAGAAACCCCCCCAUUACUCUCUCUUUUUAACUUCUUAUAUUUUGCUUGGUACAGCAGUAACAGCACUGCAUUCUGUUUUGGUCAGUGUAUGAAAAAGGAAAUCAAAACAUAAGCUACCACAAGGAUAGGCGAUGAGGAUCGUGCAGUUUCAACUCUUAUCUUACCUCUUUUCCUAGGUCUUCUUAACUACACUAGAUCAAAAAGCUGAAGACACGGUGCCGUGGUCGUUGUUUCUCUUUGAAGAAACAAAAAGCCUUCUCUCUUCUGUCUUUCCUUGUUCACUCAAAGAAUCAUUGAAGAUGCCUAGACCAGGUCCAAGACCUUAUGUCUGUGAGAGAAGAGCUUGGCACAGUGAUAGACACCAACCCAUGAGAGGUUCUCUCAUUCAAGAAAUUAUCAGAGUUGUAAAUGAGACUCAUAGCCCAGCAACUAAGAAGAACAAGGAAUGGCAAGAGAAACUCCCUGUUGUUGUCUUAAAAGCAGAAGAAAUUAUGUAUUCCAAAGCCAAUUCUGAGGCUGAGUACAUGGACCUUGAAACCCUCCGGAAUCGAACAAAUGAUGCCAUUAACACAAUCAUUAGACGCGAUGAGAGUACUGAAACCGGAGAGCUUCUUCAACCUUGUAUUGAAGCUGCUCUCAGUUUGGGCUGCACAGCAAGAAGAACCUUGAGGAGCCAACGCAAUUCUAAUCCAAGAUGUUACCUUCACCCAGGCACACAAGAAGCAGAGAACACUACUCAAGGAAAUCUCACAACUAACUCACAUUGCAUGGCUAGUUAUUGCUGCUUAAUGAAACCCACAACCAUGAAUAUGACUCAUUUGGGCCCUGAAUCUCAGAAACACAUUGCCCAGAACAGUAAUUGCACCACUAACAAGUUUCCUUUUGCAUCUGAGAAUGGUUCUCUUCCUAGUAAUAACCAAUGCUUACGUAUAGAGAAGUAUCCUCCUAAUCUACAUUCAGUUUAUCCUCUUUGCUAUGGAAACCACCUUAAAUUGGAUGAACUGCGGCAUGGUUUUGGAAUCUUCCCUAAGUCACUUUCUAACACUGUAGAGCCUGCUAAGAUGGGUUUCAUUCAUAACCUCUUCUCUUCUGAUAUGGACUUUUCAAAUAAGAUGAACCAAACAGAUGUUAGAAAUACUUCUAACAACCCACAUGAAAUUGCCUGUGAUCUAUCCUUGCGGUUGGGCCCGCUUUCAACACCUAGAAUGAGUGCUGGAAACGGUCGGCCUCAGGAAAUUGAAGACACUGGUUCAACCUUUCUAGAGUGGAACAAGUUCAGUGAUCUAACACCACCAAUUGAUAAAUAUUUAUCUUCAUUUCCUAGGAGCAGUAGAGAUGACCCCUUGAACUCAUCUUCAAGUGAAUAGAAUUUUGAAGGUGAACAUAUGAAUGUUGAUGCAACAAUGAGAAAGCGAAAGGCAGUUUAUGCUCCACCAGUGGAUCAGCAAUUUUGUUUGCCUCUGAAGCUUCCUUACAGCCAUUUAACUGGAAGAAUGGAAAGUGCAGGUUCCUAGACAUGGCCUUACAUGUUGAAGUCUUUAGACCUUUUGGACCAUUGACACGGCCCUAGUGAGUAUGUGCUGUUAAAGCCCUUUUUUUUUGCCUUUUUAUUUUUUAUUUUAUUUUAUUUUUGUUAUAGUUAUGUGUUGAUGAGCGGUGUGAAAAUGUUGCAAGAAUCAAGAAUGUGAGGUGUAAAUAUUUGGAGUAAGUUUCAGUUAGAUGAGGCAAUCAUCAACAAACUGACAGAAGAGACCAUUGAUCCGCAAUUUAUAAAGAAUGUUUUCUUACAUGUGUUGUUGCUUGUAGAACUUAUAACCCUGUGAUUUUCACUUUUGAUACACUAUUCCUUGUGUCUGCUCGAUGCUUUUAUUUGAUAAAAACACCCUUGAAAACACUAAAGUCGAAAAGCAUGAGAAUAUAGUCAUGCUUUGAUACUGUUAUCUAGGCAACUUAGCCAUGUACCUUUUGUGUGAUUAGUUCUGCUUAGUUGUGGUUUUGACACAUGGAUUUUUUAUUAUCCUUCAGGAAAAGUGGUUCUUUUCUCAUCAGCCGGCCUUGAACUUGUCCAUUAGAAGAAAAAUCUCAUUAAUGGACAAGUUAUCUCACCAGUGGACAACUUGUCCGACUGGCUAGAUUGAGAAGUAUUGCAAAAGCUAAGAAAUGAAAAUCACAAAAGCGUUUGUUUGUGGGCCCUUAAUACUUGGUCCAUUAGGGGGGGGUAGAAAUCAUUAAUGAAUCGCUUUUUCUUUGUUUGAGUUAGUGGGUUUGUGGCUAAUGGU